AUGCCGUCUGCCGUAGCUCUUCCCAGACAAGCCGUCUUCACUUCUACUCCUACCCUGUCUCGUUCUGUCAUUCUGCCACUCGACAGACACUCCACCCGCUACCACCCAAGCACCCAAGCAGCCCAGUACUUGAGUAUUGUCUAUUGUCUGGUCCAGUCUGGUAGGCUACGCACACUGCAGACUGCAGACGGCAGACUACUACUUGCUCUGCGCGUGUCGCUGCUGCUUUCUUAUCAAUCAACGACCCUUGCUAACUUGCCUCUCUUUGCUUUGUACGACUUAGACGCCAGCGUGCGCCUCCACCAAGCAAAACAGUCGGAACUAGCCAAGCUUGUCAUGCAAAACCAGUUCGGUGUCGCCUCGUCUCGCUCUUCUACCUCACCUACGUCCUCGGAGCCUGAGCAGCAUUUUGCUGUUCAGCCUCCUUCGCACUCCUCAGAUGUCGCCUCUUAUUCUCAUUCUCCGCUGCAAUCGCAUGGCACCACGCAGUGCUACUCCAUGUCCGCGCCUGUAGCUAUACCCGCCAUCGCUUCCGCAGUCAGGAUGAUGAAGGACUUAACCGACACACCUCCGUUAUCGCAGAGCGUCAACUCCACUGCCCCCAGUUCACCACGCAUCCCACCUUUGCGCCAGAACUCAGGCAGCCAGACCCCUAGAGUGCGCCCUCAUGCAACAACCCUCAACAUCCCUGGUAUGACCAGGUCCCGUGUCUCCCCCGACGGCAGAAUCCCACAACGGGAUGUUGCAGCCAAGCUCGUUAUUGUCAUGGUGGGGCUUCCUGCCCGUGGCAAAUCAUACAUCACCAAAAAGCUUCAACGGUAUCUUUCGUGGCAACAGCAUGAAUCGCGAAUCUUCAACGUCGGUAACCGCAGACGCAAUGCGGCCGGAAUCAAGUCUUCUGCCCGCGCCAACUCUGGCCAGGAGCAUCAGGCCCUGGACCCUCCAGUUGAAGCCGCCACUAUCCUGUUGAACGGCGUGCCAGCUACCAACAACGAUAUUCCUCCCGACCAAGCAGAGCCUACUACCUUGAAUUUAAACUCGACGAAUGGCGAGCCUCAGGAAGAAGUUGACCAGUCCGCCAAGUUUUUUGAUCCGAAUAACGAGAAGGCGGCAGCAAUGAGAAAUCAGGUGGCCAUGGAAACCCUGGACGAGCUGCUCGACUAUCUUUUGAACCAGGGCGGCGCUGUUGGCAUUCUCGAUGCUACAAACAGCACAAUUAAGCGGCGCCAGCAAGUAGUCGACCGCAUCAGAGAGCGUGAGCCCAAGCUUGGCAUUCUUUUUAUAGAAAGUAUAUGCAGAGAUCCUCAUCUGCUCGAGGCAAACAUGCGCCUAAAGCUCUCUGGUCCUGACUAUCGCAACAAAGACCCCGUCAAAUCGCUGGAAGAUUUCAAGGCUAGAGUUGCGGCGUAUGCUAGCGCAUACGUACCUCUGGGCGAGUAUGAGGAGGAUAACGACUUACAGUACAUUCAGAUGGUGGAUGUUGGUAGAAAGCUUAUCCAGCACCGCCUGAAAGGUUUCCUCAGCGGUGGUAUCAGCACAUACCUGUCAAGCUUCAAUCUCUCACCUCGGCAGAUUUGGAUCACUCGCCACGGGCAAAGCGUGGAUAAUGAGCUCGGCAAGCUCGGCGGCGACUCUAUCCUCACUGAGCGAGGCCAUUGUUACGGCCUGGCGCUGUAUAAGUUUAUGACGCUCAAACGCAAGGAGUGGCUUAUGGAGCAAAAAAGCAAACUUGCCCAGGCAACGUUCCCACCUCACCCGGGCGACAACACACCUCCCUAUCCGGACAUGCACAAGGACUUGGACGAGAAGAACUUUUGUGUCUGGACUUCCAUGCUUCAACGCAGCGUAGAAACUGCCGAAUACUUUGAUGCCGAUGAUGACUACGACGUCAAGAAUUGGGAAAUGCUUAAUGAGUUGAACACGGGGCAGUUUGAAGGCAUGACCUAUGACGAAAUUGCUCGAAAGUAUCCAGAAGAGUUUCACAAGCGCGCUGCGGAUAAACUCAACUACAUCUACCCGGGUGUCGGUGGCGAGGGUUACCUCCAGGUUAUUAGCCGCCUACGCGACAUGGUCAGAGAGAUUGAGCGCAUCACUGAUCAUGUGCUGAUCAUUGGGCAUCGUUCAGUUUGUCGAGUGCUGAUGGCCUACUUCAUGGACCUGACACGAGAGGACAUUACUGACAUGGAUGUCCCUCUGGGGAUGCUCUACUCUAUUGAACCCAAGCCAUAUGGCAUUGCCUUUCACGCCUACAAGUACAAUGAGGCGAAUGGCUGGUUCGACGAAAUGCCCAACUACAGGCCUCAAAAGGCUGCCCGCGGAAGUGUCUAG